AUGUUUUUCAUUUUUUGGCUUAAUUAUUUUUUAAUUAUUUUUUAUUUUUUGCUACAUUACAAUGUUGAUUGUAUGUGGAACUUCUCUAAAGGAGAAAGUAGUAAAACACCUUUACUUUCGCAACAAAAUUAUGAUGAAGCUUCAUCUUCAAGCAUUCAAUCCAAUCAACAUUUUCAACCCAAUAAUGGAAAGAAAAUGUUGUUGGUAACUGAUGCAUUUUACAUCCAUUACAAUUUCUUUUUAAAUCUGGCUAAUGUUUUAUGUUACAACGGCAAAUACGAUGUGUAUUUGAUUGUUGUUAACUUCAAAGGAAAGGACAUUUUAAAUAAACCUUUAAAAGAUGUUCGAUUUAUAGAAGUACCUUAUAUAGGAGAUGGAGAGUAUUCACAAGGGUUUACAGCCAAAAAAUUAGAAACUAAUUGGACAGUUGAAGAUAAAAAAGACGACCAUCACGCCUUAAAGUUGCUAGGAUUUUAUAUGUAUGGCAUAUAUAAAGGUUAA